CCCAAGCAGCCACGGAUUCCCCGGAGGCAGAGAAGGCUCCGUCGGACCCCACACAGAGGCCGCUGUUCAGGUGGAGCUUCCAGGGGGGUGAUGGAGGUCCCAGCUACCUGGGGUCCGCUAACCUUUGUGGCUGUGCAUUUCACGGAGGAGGAGUGGGCUCUGAUGGAUCCAGGCCAGAGGGCUCUGCACAGGGGCAUCAUGGAGGAGAAUCAUGGGAACUUGGCCUCUCUAAGCAUUCCUGUUCCCAGAUCUGGCCUCAGCUCCAGGCAGGAAAAAAUGGGGGAAGAACCUUUUCUUGAGGCCUCCAAAGAAGAAGAGACACCAGCAGAAGACCUUCCUGUUCCCAGAUCUGGCACCAUCUCCUGGCAGGUAAAAAAAGAGGAAGAUCCAUUUCCUGGGCCCUCCGAGGAAGGAGAAUCAUCAGCAGUUGAUGGGAAGGAGAGCAAUCAAAAUGGCGUCCACCAGGGAAUGAAAACUGAAGAGGAAGAGAAGUGGGGAAACACAGCCAGUUCGCUCGAAGGAGCAGAUUUCCAUGAAUAUACAAUACCAGAAGAACCAUUUGAAGAAAACAAAAGAAAUACUGAUGAUGGGGAAAAACUGUGGAACUACUCUGAACGUGAAAGCAGUUUCCCUGAGGAGAUAAACCUUACUGAACGUGAAAGAGUUCACAGAGGAGUGAAAAAAAUAGCGGACAGGAGAAAACGUAAGAGGCGUGGAAGAAUUUACUCAGGCAAGAAGUUGCAUCAAUGCUUAGAGUGUGGGAAGAGUUUCCUUUGGAGCUCCCGGCUUAAAGCUCAUCAAGUAAAGCACUCCGGGGAGAAUCCAUAUAAAUGCCUUUAUUGUGGGAAGAGUUUCUAUUGGAGCUCAGCUUUUAAAACGCAUAUAAGAAUCCACACAGGAGAAACGCCGUAUAAAUGCUCCGAGUGUGGAGAGAGUUUCAGAAUAAGCAGAGCUCUUAAAGCUCAUAGAAGAAUCCACACAGGAGAGGAGCCCUUUAAAUGCUCAGAGUGUGGAAAGAUUUUAGCUGACAGCAGAGGCCUGAAAAUGCAUAUAAGAAUUCACACGGGGGAGAAACCCUAUGAAUGCUUAGAAUGUGGGAAGACUUUCAGUUGGAGCUCAAAACUUAAAAUCCAUCAAAGAAUCCACACAGGGGAAACACCUUAUAAAUGCUCAGAGUGCGGAAAGGGCUUCAGACAGAGCAGAGGCCUCAAAACCCAUCAAAGAAUUCACACAGGAGAGGAGCCCUUUAAAUGCUUCAAGUGUGGAAAGGCUUUAUCGGACAGCAGGGCCCUUAAAAUGCAUGAAACAAUGCACACUGGCGAGAGGCCCUAUAAAUGCUUAGAGUGUGGGAAGAGUUUCAGUUGGAGCACAACCCUGACAACCCAUCAAAAAAUCCACACAGGUGAGAUGGCCUAUAAAUGCUUAGAGUGUGGGAAGAGUUUCAGUGGGAGCUCAAGUCUUAAAACACAUCAAAGAAUCCAUACAGGCGAGAUGUCCCAUAAAUGCUUGGAGUGCGGAGGGGCCUUCAAAGACAGCGAAGCCCUUAAAACCCAUCAAAGAACUCACACGGGAGAAGCCCUAUAAAUGCUCUUAUGUAUGGAAAAAAAUUACUUAACAAGAGAAUCCUUCAGCUGCAUGAAAGAAUUCAGACCGCCGAGAAACCAUGCAAACGCUUAAGAGUAUAGGAAUAGUUUUUGUCAGAGUUCAAUCCUUAAAACCCAUCAAAUUAUCCACAUGGGGGAAAACCCCAAAAUGCUUAGAGUGUGGAAAGAACCUCCCUUGGAACACAAGCUUUAAAUCUCAUCAAAGAAUUCACACAGGGGAAAAGCCCUAUACAUACUUCGAUUCUGGGGAAAACAAGAUCGAACACUUUUCCACUCCAAAAAAUAACAUGCUUCAGAUAACAUAUACUUAAAAAAUAGCAUAUGCUUCUGAUGUUAGUAUGAUAUGUUCUGCAUAUGUUUAGGCAUAUGAAAUAAAUAAUUUCUCCCAAAUCAUUGCUGGGUCUAAUUUUCAGGAAAACAAGUACUCAAUUGUUGCAGUAUUGAGCUUAUGUCCUGUUUUUUGUUAAACACCGAUUACUCAUAAGCAAUAAAGCAACACAGAAAUGUCCUAGGAUAACAUGUUUUACUUAUUUUUAAGAAAGCCAUGCUUCUAAAUUUAUUCUCGAAAAUAUUUUGGAAAGGUUAUUUGCUUCUUAAAACAUCUUUGUAUUUUUCUACAUGGU